AUGUUCCUCGACGAACUCACCAACACGCAGUGGUUCAUCACCACCUGCCUCCUACCCGUCCUCCCUGGCCUAACAAUGUUCGCCUCCGGUCACUUGCACAACAACAAAGCGGCAUUCAUUGCCCUUCUCGUCCUUGGCCUUUGCCUCGUCCUCAUCAUCCUUUAUCUCUCUGAGCGUCACCACAUGCUCGAGUUCCGUGCAAGUGUUAAAUGGGGUCCACGCUGGCGUGUAUUCAUGUCUCUCAUCUCAUUCUCGCUCUUCACUGCAAUGUGCACCCUCGCUUGGUUUGCCGGCAAGUUCUUGCCCCCCAACCCUGGCGCUGGGGGAACUUGCUUCGCCUUUGCUAUUAUCAUCUGGGUCGCUUACGAGGGAUGGAACUUCUGGCUCAUGCGUACUGCCGACCGCCUCUUCUCGCCUCCAAUUACGCCCUUCCCACUCCACCAGACCAGCUUUGGGCGUGGAUUCACUCAAGAACCCUAG